CGUGGGGGUAAAGAUUCUAUUUUAUCUUGUUCUAAUUGGGAAUAAACAAUCCACGGCCCGCAAUUUCAGUUGAUUCUAUGUGCUUCUUCUUCUUCUUCUUCUUCUUCUUCUUUAACAACUCCAAUUUUCCUUUUGAAAAGGAAUAAUUAAUAACACAAAGACAAAUCCAAUCAAUCAGAAUGCUAGGUGAGAAUGUAGCUGAAUAAAAGUCUCAGUUUGACUUGCAAUUUAUGGUCAAUGAAAUUGCUUCAGCAGUGCGUUUUUGGGAAAUUAUGACAAUUAUUGAAAAAUAUCCUAGCCAACUUGCAGCAGUAUUUAUAUACUACAUUUUCAUUCGAGUUUUAUGGCCUUAUCUUCCUAGCUUUUCUUUGGUUUCUUAUGCUUUGCCUUCCUUUUUAAGUUAGCAAAAUCCAAAUGGGUAAUCUUUUCUGUUGUGUACAAGUUGACCAGUCUACAGUAGCCAUUAAGGAGAGAUUUGGCAGGUUUGAGGAUGUUCUUGAACCUGGAUGCCAUUGCCUACCUUGGUUUCUUGGAAGUCAACUUGCUGGCCACCUGUCGCUAAGAUUGCAGCAGUUGGAUGUUCGUUGUGAAACCAAGACUAAGGACAAUGUAUUUGUUAAUGUUGUUGCAUCUAUUCAAUACCGGGCACUGGCAGACAAGGCAAGUGAUGCCUUUUACAAGCUGACAAACACAAGGACACAAAUUCAAGCCUAUGUGUUUGAUGUUAUUAGAGCAAGUGUUCCGAAGCUAAAUCUGGAUGAUGUUUUUGAACAAAAGACUGAAAUUGCUAAAGCUGUUGAAGAAGAACUUGAGAAGGCUAUGUCUGCCUAUGGGUAUGAGAUUGUUCAAACACUUAUUGUGGACAUAGAACCUGACGAGCAUGUGAAGCGUGCAAUGAAUGAAAUUAAUGCCGCUGCAAGGCUGAGAGUGGCAGCUAAUGAGAAGGCAGAGGCUGAGAAAAUUUUGCAAAUCAAACGAGCUGAAGGUGAGGCUGAGUCCAAAUAUUUGUCGGGGCUGGGUAUCGCUCGCCAACGACAAGCAAUUGUUGAUGGUUUGCGAGAUAGCGUGCUUGGAUUCUCUGUUAAUGUCCCGGGGACUACUGCAAAGGAUGUUAUGGAUAUGGUCCUGGUUACCCAGUACUUUGACACCAUGAAAGAAAUUGGUGCUGCUUCUAAGUCCUCAGCUGUGUUUAUCCCUCAUGGUCCUGGAGCUGUUCGUGAUGUCGCUACUCAGAUUCGUGAUGGACUCCUCCAGGCCACACACCAGUAACUAUACGAUUUUUUUUUAAGACAAGACAAGACAAGACAAGCAUUAGUAGUUUUUUAAGGAUAAUACCUGGUUUUAACGUUACCUGUUUAGUUCUUGAUGUCUUUUUUACAUUAUGAGCACUGGAUGUACAUAUGGUGUGGGCAUAAACGGUUUGUGAAAUGCGUAAGAUAUUUUAUACUCUUAUAGAGGUUGAGUGGUCUUUAUUAUGGAUUUUUCUUGGUUAUAUUGUCGCCAUGGAUGAAGGUUGAACAAUUCUUCUAUCAAAAAUUGGUCACAAAUGAGUUCAUUUCAAGAA